CAAAACAUCAUUUGCCGGCCGGCUGAACUUUAUGGAGGUUGCAGUCAGCAGCGCAUGGGUGGCAUGCAGCGCUGUCGGCUGUUGUAUGGUGUGAUAAAUUGUUCGUAGGGUGCCCUAAAUCAUAGAUGAUGCCGAAAAUUCUUAUCGCUGGUGCGGGAUUGACGGGGGCUCUUUGCGCCCACAUCCUGAAGCGGGAUUUGCAACACAAAAUAGAAAUUGUUGUAUGGGAGAAGGCCAGAGGGGCAGGUGGUCGAAUGAGUACAAGUCGGCACCCUGAUAACCCACAAUGCAGUGUUGACCUUGGAGCCCAGUACAUCUCACUUACACCUCAAUAUGCAGAGAGACACAAAAGCUACCAUGGGGAGUUAAUCUCUAAUGGUGUCUUAAAACCGUUGGAGGGCAUUAUUGAGGGAGCCGUAGAGAGUGCGCAGGGAACUCUUCACUAUGUUUCACCCAAUGGAACCAGCUCAAUUGUCAAACACUUCUUAAAGAACUCCGGUGCUAAAGUAGAGUAUGGACAAUUCCUUUCAAAACUGGAAGCAAGUAAUGUUCAUGAGUCAGCCCAACCAGAUAUUCCAUCAGUGAAGCUGUAUCUUGACACACUAUCAGAUGGAACAGCAGUAGAACCAACAAGUACUGAGAAAGGGAUUAUGAUUAAGAUUGUGGCUAAUCCACAGGAGGAAGUGUCAGGAGGAAGGAGCCGGGAGGUGUUUGAUGCAGUCAUCCUAACCAUGCCAACAGAGCAGAUCCUCCAACAAAAAGGCCUUGUACAGGAAGCACUAGCAAAGAGAAGCCUGAUAAAAUCCCAUCUUCAAUCCGUCCGCUACUCAGCUCGUUAUGCUCUGGGCUUAUUCUUUAAGCAAGGAACAACACUUGAUGUCCCAUGGUGUGCUCGCUAUGUCCAGGGGGAUCCGUGUGUUAGAUGGAUUUCAGCAGACGCAAAGAAAAGAGGAGCAGAUUCAAGCAUUGUAGGGCCAUCCCUUGUGGUUCACACAAGUGUACCAUUUGGCAUUCAUUAUCUGGAAGCGGAAAAGGAAGAAGUUCAAUCAGUCAUCAUGCAGCACUUGCGUCAGCUACUGCCAGACCUUCCAGAACCAAUACAAGUCAUGUGUCACAGGUGGCGUUAUUCACAGGUGUCCAAGCCCUAUCAAGGCACCCCUGGCUGUGUGUUCCUGACUAAUCUUCCAAACUAUGCAAUCGUUGCGGCAGGAGACGCAUUCACACAUUCAAACCUGGAUGGCUGCAUUUCAUCUGCAGAGACCACAUGUGAAAGACUAAUGGAAUAUUUAUCAGAUUCUAACCAGUUGUGAGUCUCCUGGUAAAUAAUAAGUCGGCCUGGUUUUGAUACUGAAUUUUAUGGAGAUUAAAGCCCGAGUCCAUCAUUUGCAGCAAUUCAAAACAAUUCGAAACAUGAUUUAGCAACUUUUGAUUUUGAAGUGAGAUCCAAGAAUGCUGUUUUUCUCGGAAAAUGAAGCUGAAGCUGAGCUGAAACUCCAUCAGGUAAGUUGUUCACUACCUUCAUUAGAUUUUGAACACUUUUGUUGCUUCAAACGAACAAAAUGCACUAAUUACAAAUGAUGGACUAUAGCUUUAAGUCAGAGGUAAAGCCUAAAGCCUUCAAACGUUCCGUAAAUUACAAUAUAAUUUGUUAAUGCGAAACUGUAUAUGCAAAUAGAUUGUCAACCUCGUCCCCAGUGCUUACUUUAUUUCCAACCGCGUUUCCAAUAGUAAAGCAGGUAGUGGUGGGCGCGUACUGCUCGACACCCUGGGGACGAGGUUGAUAGAUUGUAUAAUUUUCCUUAAUAAUCCACAAUCAUUUGAUAACUUUUUUCAAUAAGUAUGCCAAAGAUUGAUAACCAUUUUGCGCUCUGUAAUUCAAAAAAUUGUUGCUUUUGUUAUAAAUAUUUGUAGGUAAUAAACUAAUUAUUUUUUUUUCAUGAGAUUAUCGAUUGAAAAAAAUAUAAAAAUAUGAACAUGUAUCAAAUUUCCAUUUAUUUGCGACCCAUAAUUUGUUAAAAAUCUUUCAUGGUGUAGACUGGUUGGAGAUGGAAUGUAGGACUUUACUAGUGUAAAUUGUAUUGCUGAUCUGUCUACGGGCAAAGAGGAACCAUUCAAAACUGUCCCUUUGAUGCGCUUCCGGUUCACUCAUUUACAAGUAAAACAUUUUAAUUCUGACGAUACCACCUCAGUAACAAAAAUAAAGACACCGGACUGAUACUGUUCACGCCCAAAGUCAGCAAGCCAACUUAGGAAUAGCAAACGGGAGAUCAACUUAAGAUA